AUGGAGAAUGGUUUACUGUACAGAAUUCUGCUGAUUGCAGCUCUUACGGGAACACAUGGAGGUGCAACAAGUACUAGUGAGACUCUCGGACCAACUACAGGUUUGCCAACAACUACUUCAACAGACAAUGAAGUUACGGUGAGUUUUGAAAUAGCUGCAAACUACGCAUUGGUAAACGAAAACAAUUAUUUACCUACAAUUGUGAGUGGAGUGGAACAAUACUUAGGAAUUGAUGAACAGUAUAUAACAACACCUGCUCAAGCUUAUGAAACUGACGAAGGUCUUGUUGGUAUCAGUUUUGGUUUAGCUGAAAACACCCCAAAUAUAGGAGUCAUAACAAACAACAUCGGUACUUUAAGCAUACCGGUAGGAUUGGAUACAAUUUCAGUUGUUCCAGGGUCGAUUCUAAUCGUAUAUCCAACAGCAACUACUUCGACUACUGAUGCAGUUACAGGUGCAACAAGUACUAGUGAGACUCUCGGACCAACUACAGCAACAAUUUUCGACUACUGA